CCCUAUAAUCUGCCGGCAAGUCAAAAUCGUCAAAACAAAUCAGUUUGCUUUCGGUUCCUGCGGGCCAGCUUGCAGAUUACGAUUUUCCAGUGCAAUUUCUGUUGCGACCAUGUCCUCGCCGGCACCCAAAUCACCGGAAAUGUCGGACAAGAGCCGAAAGUACGACCGGCAGAUUCGCUUGUGGGGCGAACACGGCCAAACCCUGCUGGAGAACGCCCAGAUCUGUCUGAUUAACGCGACCGCGCUCGGUACGGAGAUCCUGAAGGGCGUGGUGCUGCCCGGCAUCGGCGGCUUCACCAUCGUUGACAGCGGGCUCGUUACGGAGGAGGACAUCGGUUGUAACUUUUUCCUCGACUCGGGUUCGGUCGGGCAGUCCCGGGCGCGCAGUUGUAUGCAGCUGCUGCAGGAGCUCAACCCGGACGUGAACGGAGAGUACGUGGACGAAGCGGUGGACCAGCUGAUCGACGGCCAGCCGGAAUUCUUCAAGAGCUUUGACGUGAUCGUGGCCACGGCCGUCAGCGAGCGGACCAUCGUGCGACUGUCCAAUCUGCUCUGGGACAUGCACAUCCCUCUGCUGGUUUGCCGAUCGGUGGGCUUCUACGGCGUCGCCCGGCUGCAGGUCAAGGAGCACUGCAUCGUGGAAUCUCAUCCGGACAGCCACCAGAGCGAUCUCCGGCUGGAGCAUCCGUUCGAGGCUCUUCGCAAGCACAUGGCUGAAACGGCCAUCACGUCAAAAGUGCCCUGGCUUGUGGUGAUGUACAAGUGUCUGGAGGAGUGGGUCAGCGCGCACGACGGUCGUUACCCGGCCAAUUACAAAGAGAAGACCGAGCUGCGAGACUUGAUUCGGUCCAAGAUGAGUGCCGACGAGGAGAACCACGAGGAAGCGAUCAAAGCGGUCAACUCGAGCUUCGGCGGGGGCAAACCAAACUCCGCAAUCAAGGAGAUCCUCGCGGAUGACUGUUGCAUCAACGUGAACAAGGAGAGUAACGCUUUCUGGAUCCUUGCUCGCGCCCUUCGCGACUUUGUCGAGAACGAAGGCGCCGGUCUGCUACCACUCCCAGGUGUCCUCCCCGACAUGACCGCCGACACGGCGUCCUACAUCAACCUGCAGAAUGUGUACCGUUCGCAAGCCGCGCACGACUCCGAGAUCGUCUACCGUCGCGCCCGCCAACUCCUGAAAGAACUCAACAAACCGAACGACCUCAUCACCGAGAAGGACGUCCGACUGUUUUGCCGCGAAGCCGCCAACAUUGCCAUCGUCCGCGGGACCAAAAUCGCCGUCGAGUACGACAAGGGCUACAAGGCGACGCAGAUCUCGACCGGCCUGGAGACGCCCAACUCGUUGAUGGCCCACUACGUGACGCUGCGUGCCGUGGACAAGUUCCAGGCCGAACACGGCUACCUGCCCGGCGAGUGCCAGGUCGAGGUGGACACGUCCCGCAUCAAGGGACUGGCGGCCAAAAUGGUCAGCGAGUGGGGCAUCAGCACGCCGAUCAGCGACGAUCUGGCGCACGAGGUGUGUCGUUACGGCGGAGCGGAAAUUCACAGCAUUUCUGCGUUCUUUGGCGGCUGCAUCGCCCACGAGCUGAUCAAACUCGUCACGCGGCAGUACAAGCCGUUCGAUAAUACGUUCGUGUACGACGGGGCCACUUCGCAGACGGAGACGUUCAAGCUGUGAGCAUUGCGGGACUUGCAACGAGGGCAUCUGAACAACUGGAACUGGAUUCGUACUUGGUGAUUUAUCGUAUCUCUUAUUGGAACUUAGCUUGUAGGGGGCAGUCAAAUAAAGCUGUUAUCUGAAAUUUAAAU